GCAAAAUCGUUCACCGCCGUUUGAAGAUGGCAGCAAAAUACAUAGUAGGUUCUUUGCUUGGAGCAACUGCAUUUGCAUAUAUUUCUGACCUUAUUGCUGACAAGAAAAUAUUUGGAGGAACAACCCCAAGUACUGUUUCAAACAGCGAGUGGUGGGAAGAAACUGACAAGAAAUUCCAAGCAUGGCCUCGUACUGCCGGUCCACCAGUGGUCGUGAACCCCAUCAGUCGCCAAAAUUUCAUCGUCAAAGCCCACACUGAAGCUUAAACAUUACUUUUUGGUUGUCAAUUUUUACACACAUGAUUGGAUCAUUCUGCUUUUAGAAGUGCUUCCUAGUCUAGCAGUUCUAAUCUCCCCUCACAUUUUGAGUGGGGAACUUGAAGGGUUUCUUGUUUGAUAGUCAUUCUUAUUUCCUGUUAAAGUUGCAUCAUUGGCUUGUUAUGUUGAUGGUGUCAGGAUGUUGAUUCUAAAUAAAUCAGUGAAAAAAGAAAUUUCCCUACAUUGUUCUUA